UGUCUGCUACCACCUGAGGAAAUUUCCAUUUUUUUCCAUUUUUUUCAUCCAUUUUUUCUUACUGUUUUUGUUUGAUGAACAGAAGAACAAAGGAAAGAACCCAUCUUGGAAGAAAAGGAAAAAGAUUGUUUUCUAUUUGUUGUACUUUAGAAGAAAAAAAUGAUGGGUUCUUCUUCAAAGGGAGGAGGGAACAACAACUGUGAUUAUUCAUUUAAGAUACUGUUGAUUGGUGAUUCUGGAGUUGGUAAAAGUAGUUUGCUUGUUACUUUUAUUUCAAACUUUGUUCAUGAUCUUUCUCCCACCAUUGGUGUGGAUUUCAAGAUCAAGAUGGUCACAAUUGGUGGGAAAAGAUUGAAGCUUACAAUCUGGGACACAGCUGGCCAGGAGAGAUUUGGAACAUUAACUAGCUCUUACUAUAGAGGUGCACAAGGGAUUAUCCUUGUAUACGACGUUACACGGCGCGAAACGUUCACCAACUUGUCUGAAAUUUGGAUGGAGGAAGUUGAGCUCUACUCCACUAAUCCCGAGUGCAUCAAGUCAAGAUUCUGUUGGCAAUAAGUUGACAGGGUAAGCCUUAAAGAAUAUCCAGUCUCUUUUCUCACACAGUCUACAAAUCAUUGUAUAAACUUCAAUGCCUACG